AUGGCCGCGCCUCCACAGAUCACAACAGACACCGCGGCCGGGGCCACCACCCUCGACUUCAUGGCCCUCAACAAGAAGUACACAGAAGAGAGGGAGAAGCGCCAGCGGUCUGACGGCAACGCGCAGUAUAUUGAGAUAGAGUCGGACGCGCAGUUCAGCAAACUGGCACAGGACCCAUGGGUCGAUCACGAGAAGCUCAACGCCCAGACACCAAAUCUCAGGGACGGCGACGAGGUCAAAUUCAUCAUCCUAGGUGCAGGCUAUGGAGGCCUGCUCUUUGCCAUCAGGUUCAUUCAGGCCGGCUUCAAGCCCGAUGACAUUCGCCUCGUCGAUGCUGCAGGUGGCUUUGGUGGCACGUGGUACUGGAACCGUUACCCCGGUCUCAUGUGCGACGUCGAGUCGUACACCUACAUGCCGCUGCUUGAGGAGACGGGCUAUGUUCCGAAGCACAGGUAUUCGUACGGAAACGAGUUGCGGGCUCACGCGGACCGGAUGGCCGAAACGUGGGACCUGACGGACAAGGCCGUCUUCCGCUCGCAGAUCAAGAGUUACGAGUGGGACGAGGACGCGAAGCGGUGGAUCGUGGUCAUUGAAGAAGUCCGCGGCCCGAAUGAGUCGCCCAUCACGAUGACGGUCCAAUCGCAAUUCGUUGUUCUCGCCAAUGGUGUUCUGAACCACCCCAAAGCGGCCAAGAAUCUGGAGGCUUUUGAGGGUGACAUGUUCCACACUGCACGAUGGAAUUACAACAUCACUGGCGGAAAUUCGGAGGACCUCGAGAACGUCCAGCUCACUGGCCUUGAGGGGAAACGAGUUGGCAUCAUUGGCACGGGUGCGACUGCCAUUCAACUCGUUCCGCAACUGGCCAAAUGGGCAAAGGAGCUCUAUGUCUUCCAGAGAACGCCGUCAUCCGUGGACGAGAGAGGUCAGAGACCUACGAAUCCAGAGGAAUGGAAGAAGAUUGCCAACUGCCGGGGUUGGCAGAGGCGUCGAAUGGACAACUUCAAUGUCUUUGUUACCGGUGGCGAAGCGGAAGAGAAUUUGGUAGAUGAUGGUUGGACGAGACUGAAGUCCUACAGGGGCCUCAUUGGCGCACCGCACGAGAAUCCUGUUGGGAUAGAGGAGAUUCCUGGUCACAUUGGAAAUCUACUCGCUUUGGAUGCGCCGAGGUCUGAGAGAAUUCGGCGCCGAGUCGAGGAGACUGUAAAGGACAAUUCAGUUGCUGAGGCUCUGAAGCCGUGGUACCCAGUAUGGUGCAAGCGACCGACCUUCCACGAUAACUAUCUUUCGGCUUUCAACCUCCCAAACGUUCACCUUGUUGAUACGAACGGCAAGGGGGUUGACCACGCCACCAAAAACUCACUUGUGGUUGGUGGUACAGACUAUCCGCUCGACGUUAUCGUGCUGAGCACCGGCUACAGGGCGCCUGCAGCAGACAUGGCCGAGCCAUCGGGUAGAUCUAACAUGGCGAUCAAGGGCAGAAACGGUAAAUUCAUGUCGGAGAAGUGGUCGGGCAAGGGCCCGUCCACGCUUCACGGCGUGCUCACCCAUGGAUUCCCAAACUUGUUUUUGAGCGGCCCCCUACAGAUUGGCGCCACGGUCAACUUUGCGUACGUCCAGGACAUUCUCUCUCAGCACUGCGCAUACAUUCUUGCCGAAGCGAGGAAGCGUGCAGGGAACAGCACCAAUAAAGUGGUUAUUGAGAGCACGCCCGAGGGUGAAGAGGCAUACGUAGGCCUCAUCAUGCAGCGUGCGGCCUGGUUCUCCAGCAUGUCUGUCUGUACACCAAGCUACUUGAAUAACGAAGGAGAAAAGGUCUCGCCGGAGGCGCAAAUGAAGUUGGCCAGAGGAGCACCAUUCCCUCUUGGAAUACAUGCCUAUGUGAGAUUCCUGGAAGAUUGGCGGGCCAGUGGCUUGAUGGAUGGGAUCAAUAUUACUGCAUAG